AUGAUAAAUAUCACUUCAUUAACUCAACCGGCUUCACCAAAUUCACGUAGAUCAAGUUCAAUCUCAGCACUUGCAUUGUAUAAUACUGCUGUUACGAGCACUUAUACUCAUCCAAAUAAUCCUAUUCAUAAUAAUUCGACUGUGGUGAAUCUUUACACGAGACAGUAUAUGCAAAAAAAGAAAUCUCAUCGAUGGCGAUUGGUCAGAACACCAAUUCCAUUGAAUCCAGUUUAUCGUAAAACAUUAUUUUUAGCCAUACUUAUACCAUUUAUUGGUGCAUUACUGUUUAUCGGAGCAACAUUAACACCAUAUUGGGAGAAUGUUCAUUUUAAAUUCAUUAAAUUGUUGGAACUAUUUUCAAUCAAACAAAAUUGCUCGACAUUCAAUGGGCAUGAAAAUGGUAACAUGUACAAUAAGUCACUAACUAAUCAAACAGAAUUUGUAAUUUUAGAAGAUCCAAAGCGAUGGAUUAAUAAUAAUAAUAAUGAUAAUAAUAAUAUUAAUAAUUAUACCUUAGAAUUUGUCAUAUUUCGUGAUGGUAAAAUAUUAAAUUGGAGAAUACUGAAACACUUAUAUAAAAAUUGUUUGACAGUUACAUAUAAAAUGAAUGAAAUCAUAGGUAUUGUCGUACAUUCAUAUAAACAUAUCACAUCUACCGAGAAUACACCGAAGCAUUUAUCACGUGAAACAAUAACACCAAGAUUAUUCACUCGUAACAAAUAUACAUUCACACGUCAUGAAUGGAUACAGUUAGUAGAGCAUGGGGAUUUGUUAGACGAUACACAAGAUGAUGAAAUGAACAGAAAUUUAUGGUUAAUUAUGAAUUUGCAAGCUGGUAUCUGGACAAUGUGUUUUCGAUUAGCAGAUGCUUACAAACCUAAACUGCUAGCCUACAGUUCAAAUAUCCAUCCAGAUUUAAACAUACCACUAGACUGUAUGUCUUAUCUACAAGCAAACUUAUCUGAAACAAAGAAUCUAUGCAUUCAAUUUCUGUUAAAAAUGCAGAAUAAUAUUAUUUCAUGCGUUGUGGUAGUCUAUCUAUCAGUUGCAGCAUCUGUAUUGAUCGGGGCGUUUUCAACUUUGUUUCGUGCUGUGCCUGCAGCUAUGGUAACCGGUGUAUUGUAUAUUACAUCUGGUGUCUUCAUUAUUUUCGCAAAUUGUAUACAUCAUACAAAAUUGAAUCGUCUUGAGUACGAAUGGGGUCCAUGCUAUCCAAUAUCACAAAUACCUCGAACAUUAUAUACUCCAGAUAUUAUCAGUGUUCAUCCACUUUGGCCUGUAUUAGUCAGUUGGAUAUCAUCAUUUGUUUUCUUUAUUGCUUCAAUCAUAUGGCUUAUUCUUACACAAUUAAUGACUUUUGAAAAUUCUAAAACAAUGAUUUAA